AUGAAUAAGGAAAAUAUGGGAGAGAGACCGUCUAGAAGUAUCUUGAAGAAUGAUACAACGCUACCAUUGUUGCCAUCCACUAACCGCUUAAAUAGAAGAGUCUCAUUUCACCCUGAAGUGACGCUCCACAAGAUAAAUUUUGUUCCAGUACAAGUAGAUAAAAGAAGAGAAACUAUAGCCAUUAUACCGCUGCUGAGAGAUAAUAGUGAUUCUGGAAAUUCAUCUAUUGAAUCGAAGGAUGAUAGCAAUAGCACGACUUCUGAUGAUAAUCCGAUUGGCACUACUCAUGAAAAUGCGGAUGAGAACUUAGGAACGAAUAGUGAGCUCGAUAAUGGUAAUAACAUAGAUGAAGAUUCAGACGAUGAUUUAGCAAAUUUCGAUGGCAAUGCUGAUGAGGGUGAAGAAGAGACUAUGGAAUUAACGGCACAAUUUGUUCCUAAUCCCGAGGCUGCAACAAAUAACACGCGUGAUAAUGAGGUGGCCCAAGGUGAUGCUACCGACGCAGCCAAUAAUGCUAAUCAAAUAGUGACCAAUUUGAAACAAACUGGUGUCAGUGUUGACACUGCAGCCGAUUAUAUCGUCUCACCUCCAUAUCACCAGGAUGAAGACGAUGGUGAUAUGGAACUAACCAGCAACAUUGGCCUUAACCAAAAUAUUGUCACAUUCGUUGGAAAUGAUGUAGAUUCUGAAAAGCUGAAUGUUGAAAAACCUGAACAGGAUAUUGAAAGCCAUGACAUUCCAGACCAUGUUCCUGAAAUAAAUCGAGAUCAGACAUCGGCUACGAAUACCGGCGAGCAUUUACAUGAAGAUCCUAUGGAUAUUUUGACAUACGCUAAUGGUCAUAAGAAUUUAGAAUAUAAUGUAGAGGUGAAUAAUGGCGAAGAUCAACAAACUCAGCAACAAAACGAGAAUGAAUUGGAAGAAACUAUGGACAUAACUAAAUUCUAUUCGGAGAUGAAUGCCCAAAACAGCACCAGUUAUAUGGAGAGUGAUCAUUUCAAUCAGGAAAUUACCAUGGAUAUAACUAAAAUAUAUCAGCAAGAAAGUAGACUUGAAUUGAUAAAUGAGGUACCUGAUGCUGAACCAAUAAUGCAAUACAAUGAAGGUCUGAAAAUCCCAGAAAAUGAAUCAAUUAUGGAAUUUACUCAAGAGAUAGGAAAGAUAAAUAUAUCCGAUAAAGGUGCUGAUAACCGAUUAGGGCAUAGUCAUCUUCAAGGAAUUGAAAAUGAAAUCACUUCAAAUAAUGAAAAAGUUGAACAACAUCAUGAAGAGAAUGGAACGAAAACUGAACAACCAUUGGAACCUGAUUCGAGAGAAGUUAUUUCGGAGAGUAAUGCCGAUGAGAUACUUAGUAAUGGAGAGCAAGAUUUCGAAAAUAAUAAAGAUAAAACAUAUAAAGAAAGCAAAAACUUAGAAAACGAAGCUGUAGACGAAGCUGCGAACCAAGGUAAUGAAAUUAAUGAGCUUCAUUCAGAUAAUGCUAAUGUAGAAUCUGAGCAAGAGCAAAAUGCAAAUAUUUCUAGUCAGUAUGUUACGAAUACGAAUGUGAACGAAACGAUUCAACUUGCUGAAAAAGAUACUCAAGAUUCCACAUACAUGGAACUAACUCAAAUAGAACAAGACGCUGAACCACAUGAACUGGUUGCUGUUGAUACAAAUCAUGAAAUAGAUCAACAGUCUCAAAAAAUGCAAUUGACCCAGGAAUAUGGUGAAAUCAAACAAAUACAACUCAAGAGAACGAUCGAUGAUGUUGAACCAAUACCACACAAGUAUCCUAAGAUUGAUAAUCAUGGUAUCAAUAAGACAAUUACUACCACUAUUCCCUUGGCUGAUAUAAGUACCGAAUCCGUAGAUGAUGAUGAGCUAGACCAUAAUUACAUACCAGUUUCAUUAAAUGAUUUCUUGAAAGAUAUCAGCAUUAGAUUCUAUGAUGACUUAGAAAUUGGUAUUAAAUCUGUCGAUAGAAUAAGCAUAUCAUUGCCGAAAAUUAAUGAUGAAGAAAGUUAUAAAUUUGAGGAGUUUGUUACUGCUAUGAAUAAAAUGCCAUUAUUGGAACUAUAUGAUUUCAGUUGCAAGGAACUUACAAAAAAUAUUAAAGACGGAAUUGUGUUAUUUGAUCAAUUUAAUCAAUUCACCAUGGAAAACAAUCCCAGAUUAUUCAAACAGUAUUAUCUGAGUAGCCCAAAUGAGAAAUUAAGCAUGAAGUCGGAAUUUCAAUUAAUCAAAGAUUACACGAGGCUUCAAGCUAAGGAGGUUUGGUACGGGUGGAGAACUCAGUUAAUCAAGAAUUUGAUGAUCCAAUUAGAUGAGAAGCAUGGCACUCUUGUUCAAGAUAGGCUGCUUCUAUUGAAGAACUUGACACUUAUUAAUGGAAUUCACGAACAAUUGAAAGACAAAUUUGACAAUUUAUCAAAUCAAUUGAACCAAUUGUUGCAAAUCGAAAGUAAUUGCAAUGAUUUGGGUUCCAGUGAUUUAUUCUCCUUAAGGAAUGAAUUGGCAGUAACAUGUAAGCAAUUUAAGGAAAACCAACAAAAUCAAACCUUACAGAAUAAAGAACUAAAUAAACUAAAUUCAAUUAUCAGCGAUAAUAAAGCUUUGAUCAAUGCAUUCACUGAUGAAAUAAAUGACGUGGAGAAGUCUUUGAAUAGAAAUAAAAAGUAUGAGUUGUCAGAAAUCGAGUUACUCAAAUUAAAAUUCAACUUUCUACAAUCCUUUACUGGUUUGAACUACAAAUGCAUGGAGGGCACUAAGCUCGUUUUCAAUUUCAUUGGUGUGGUAGUUGCAAUGGAUUUUAAGGAUAUUUAUGACUUAUCCAACAUAAGCUAUUCUGUAGAUCAGAAUUCUUCUGCUUCAUUCAAUAAUUCCUUCAUUACGACCAAUAUUGCACCAAAAUUGUUCAACAUAAUUACUGGGUCCACUAUAAUUGAAAGCUUCCAAACCUUCAAAAAGCACUGGUCCGUAUUAAAAUCGAUUGACGAAGAUGUGUACGCAAUCUCCUGGAAGUUACCAAUAGUCUUCAUUGAGUCGCAAGACAAUGUAAUAAAUUUCAAAAUACGCUACUACUGUGGCAAACUUAAUUUCAAAGUUGAACUCUUCGUAUCAAUUGAUUUGUCCAAUUUGCUUGAUUACCCAAACAAUUUUCAAAUUAGAGGACAACUCAUCAAAUCUGACACUAAAAUAUCGCAGCAGAUUAUUCUUACUAAUUUGCUUAAUGAUUGUGUUCAUACUGCUUUGGUUAACAAAGAUAACCAGAUAGUAAUAGAUGGAUUAUAA